CAAUCAUAUGCCCUUGGCAUUUAUGAAUCAUACAAAAAGUGAAAAAAGGUGAAAUCAAGUAUAAAGGCUUCGAUAUUUCCUGCCCAAAUGUGAUUACUGAAAACCAUUAUAACCUCAACCGAUUACUAUCCAAAUACAAACAACCAACAAAGAAAACUAAUCACUCUGUAUUCCCACGACCAGACCUUUUUCACUUAAAAAUGCCUCCUUUAAGCAAACAGUGUGACCCUUCUGCACGAGGCCGUCCAAGCUCCAGCGGCAGAUCGCCAACCAAACAAACGUACAAAUCUCCCCCGUGAGACUAUCCCGCCAAAUCUUUAUAAAGCUACCUACCUCCCACAUCCACGGAGAACCCACUGUCACCUUCAAACGCUGACAACCUCAACCCCACAUACCACACACAGAGCUAUUCAAACCCCACCAUAUCAAAAAUGGCGCGUUAUACCUCUCCAUACAACAAGAACACCAACGGACACUCUCCUCAGGCCAUCUGGCAGAAGGUCCGUGUUUCCCUUUUCAACGCUGACCGCGGAGAUACCGAUUCAAUCUUGAACCUCAUUCCAGCUGAGAAGGUUGUGGCAGUGAAGAAGCCAAGGUCCGUCCGCACUGGAGGAAACCCAGAUAUGUGCUUUGGUUCCUGCUGCCGAGGAUGAGAGAUGCGAGACGAUACGAUUUUUUGGUCUGCUUUUUGAGCGAUGAUUACCUAUUUGGCGCGCUGGACGAAGGUGGUUUGCUUUGCUAGGGAUGGAUACACAGCGAUGAUAGCGAGAGCGGAACUACAGCGGCAGGCGUAGGGGGAUUACGAAAUUAGACAAAGCUGAUUGCUCACUGGGUGCAGUUUUUUAUGACGGCGCCGUGCAUUUGUCUGCAAAGUCCUAUUCGCUCAUGGACAGGGCAUUGUUAACUCGUUAGAUCA